AGAGAAGAAGAUUUCCCGCAGCAGUGCCCUGAAGGUGCUGGACCACGCCAUGAUUGGACCAGAGGGCACAGACAACUGUCAUAAGUUUGUUGAUAUCCUUGGUCUGAGGACCAUCUUUCCACUCUUCAUGAAAUCACCCAAAAAGAUAAAGAAAGUUGGAACAACUGAGAAAGAACAUGAAGAACAUGUCUGUUCCAUCCUGGCCUCCCUUUUGCGAAACCUGAGAGGGCAGCAGAGGACACGGUUACUGAAUAAAUUCACGGAGAAUGACAGUGAGAAGGUUGAUAGGCUGAUGGAACUGUAUUUUAAGUACCUGGAUGCAAUGCAGGCAGCUGACAAGAAGAUUGAUGGAGAGAAACAUGACAUGGUGCGUCGGGGAGAGAUAAUAGACGAUGACAUGGAAGACGAAUUCUAUCUCCGUCGCCUGGAUGCCGGUCUCUUUGUUCUACAGCUCAUUUGUUACAUCAUGGCAGAGAUCUGUAAUGCCAAUGUUCCCCAGAUUCGUCAGAGAGUCCAUCAGAUUCUGAACAUGAGAGGCAGCUCCAUUAAAAUUGUUCGACAUAUCCUAAAGGAGUACGCAGAGAACAUCGGGGAUGGGAAGAACCAGGAGUUUCGGGAGAGCGAGCAGAAGCGGAUCCUGGAUCUGCUGGAGAAUUUCUGAGGACUCGGGGAGCCGAAUUCCGUGUCUGCCCAUGAGGACACGGUGUCUGGUUCUCCCUCCUUCUAUUGCCCUCCUCCAGCCUUGAUUGCAUGAUAAAAGUGAUGUUUCUAUGAAACUGCUUCUAAAUGGGAUUUUGAAGAUAUUAAAGAUAGUUUGCCUUUUUUUU